CUGUUCCCUUUUGCUUCUCUCUCUCUCUCUCUUGAGAUUUUCCGUCAAAAUAAAUUUUUAAAACUCCGUCAAAAUAGAAUCGAGGAAGAGAGAAAAAAAACAAGAAAGUACAAAUUUUCAGAGUAAAGUUCUGAUCGUGUCUCUUAUCGAUCUCAUCUCUUGUUCUCUUCUGCACUCUUAGAUUUUGUUCCUCGAAGUUUCCAGGGUUAAAUAAAGAAUCUUGCUUUAUGGUGAAGCAUGAGGUUAGUAGGAGAAGAGUGUUAAAAAAGAUUGGAACUUUGUUAAAGAUGGGUAAUAAGCUGGUGGGGAGGAAGAGGCAAGUAGUUGAAGAAAGGUAUACAAAGCCACAAGGCUUGUAUGAGAACACAGAUGUCGACAUCAAGAAGCUUAGGAAACUAAUUAUAGAGUCUAAGCUUGCUCCUUGCUAUCCUGGAGACGAUGAAAGCUGCCAUGAUCUUGAAGAAUGUCCCAUUUGCUUCCUGUUCUAUCCUAGCCUCAAUAGAUCAAGAUGUUGCAUGAAAAGCAUUUGUACAGAGUGUUUUUUGCAAAUGAAGAAUCCUAAUUCAGCUCGGCCUACUCAGUGCCCUUUUUGUAAAACACCCAACUAUGCUGUUGAGUACCGUGGAGUAAAGACCAAGGAGGAAAAGGGCAUGGAACAAGUGGAAGAGCAACGGGUAAUAGAAGCGAAAAUAAGGAUGAGGCAGAAAGAAAUGCAGGAUGAUGAAGAGAAAAUGCAGAAACGUAUGGAAUCAUGUUCAUCUAGCACAAGCGUUAUGACUGGUGAAAUGGAAUACGGUUCAGCUUCAGCUAUAUCUUAUAAUGAUACCAUAGAAGACGUGGAAACUGCUUCAUCACAGAACGUUGCUGUUGCUAGGCAGCGUUCCCAACCUGGAGGAAACAGGGAUGAUGAGGUUGAAGCUGACCUUGAAGAGUUAAUGGUCAUGGAAGCAAUAUGGCUCUCCAUGCAGGAAACAGGGAUUCAAAGAAAUUCAAGUGGUGGGGAAGUGACACCUUUUAGGCAAUAUAUAUCAGAAGAAGAUCAUAGUUAUGUUUCUUCGGUGGCUCCGGUUGUAGAACAAGCAACGCCGUCUUCAUCAUCAUCUGGUGGGCUUCCUUGUGCAAUGGCUGCAUUUGCUGAACGCCAGCACAUGGUUGGAGAAUCCUCCAAUCACAAUCACAACAUCAACGUUUCUUCAUACAGUAUGCUUCCUGGCAAUUGCGACAGUUACUACAACAUAGAACAAGAGACAGAUGACAUUGACCACCACCAUCAUCAUCAUCAGCAGCAUCAGCAUAAUCAUUACCAUGACAACACCGAGAUGGGAGAAACAGGGAGCAACAGCUAUGUAAGUUCUUACAUGAACGGCGGUGAGAGCUUCCACAACUUUCCUCUUCCUCCACCUCCUCCUCUGGUGAUUGCUCCAGAGAGUUUUGAGGAGCAGAUGAUGAUGGCUAUGGCUGUUUCUUUAGCAGAGGUUCAUGCCACAACCACCACAAGUGCACCAACUGAAGUUACUUGGCAAUAACUAGGGCCUAGUUGUAAUGGAAUUACUCAUGUGUAUGAUUAUCAAAUCACUUCAUUCAUAUAAUGUUUGUUUCCUAUAGGAAGAAGAAAAAGAAAGAAAAAAACAGUAAUUUUUAGAUUUAAUAGAAAAAGUUGGGUUUGUGUUCAAACAUUUCUACGUUAUUAAGCCUCUAUGGUUGUUCUGUUAGAGUAACAUUAUCGAUGGUCCCUUAGUGGCAAAAGUUUUUUUAGCUUUACGGAUGUUUCUUAGCGUUUUUUUUAAUUAAAAAUUAAG